GGUGGACAUCAUAUCAGGCAUUACCAAAGACGACGGGGCUCUUUUCGCCUUGCCUGCAUUGGCAAAGAAACAGUUACUGGAGGAGCUACAGCACAAUUUUAGCAUGGCCGGGUCUGCGUCCCUUCAGCUUGAGGGCAGGAGCGAGGACCCGGAGGCUGUAGCCCGCCAGCUGUACCUCCACUACUUGGGCACCACGCACGUCACCGAGGCGCACGCUGACGACUUCAUGAGGAUGUUCACUGACCACUACUUCGCCGUGCCUCAUGACCGCAUCUCCGCCCACCACGCAGGGAAGAUUUACCGCUACGAGCUGCAGCACUACGCCCAGCUCUCCUUCGGCCAACUGAUCUGCCCUUCCUGCGACAACAAGUGGGUGAGUCACGUAGACGAUCUGUACUACUUGUUCCGCGGCGGCCCUCUCUUAUCGCCACGAACAGCACCCCCACAGCGCCCCAAGGACUUAAAGCUGCCCGACGACCUCACCCUCAGGGACAUCAUCACGACUCUGUGGACCAACUUUGCUGCCACAGGGAACCCAACCCCUGAUAGCUCUCUGGGCUUCACGUGGGAAGCCAGCACACCAGAGAACCUGCAGUACCUCUCCCUCACGCCCUCGCCCUUCACGAAGCCAGACGACCGCAAGGAGGAAAAUCUGAUGCUUCACCCGCACCUGGUGAAGGUGCCUCAGGGCGCCACGCACAGUUCACGUUAUGAAUUGUGAUUUACCAACUCCUGA